AUGUCGUAUCCAGUCGUUCCCGUCUCUGCGUGCGCCGACGCCAACAUCCCCAUACCAUCGCUCUACGGGGCCGAGAUUCUCUCCUUGACGGCAGUCCCAGUGCUGAACUACACCCAGACUGCAUCGCAGGACUACAACUACAACCACCCGACCAUCAAAGCCGAGGGCGUCGACUUCUGCAACAUCACGAUCACGUACACCCACCCCGGCCAGGAUGACAGUCUCGGUGUCGAGACUUGGCUGCCUUUGAGCACCUGGAACGGCCGCAUUCAGUCCGUCGGCGGCGGGGGCUGGAUCGCGGGCCGCUUCUUCCUUUCGUACCAGGCCAUGACUGGCGCCGUUGCCGAGGGCUAUGUUGCCUCAAGCAUUGAUGCCGGGCUUCAGGACAAGAGUGGCCAAGUUGCAUACACCCCGGACGACUGGGCGAUGGUCUCAGAGGGGAACGUCAACUUGUACAACCUCCAAAACUUCGGUUCCGUGGCCCUGCAUGACCAGUCUAUCAUCGUGAAGGCUGUCACCGAGAACUUCUACGGCCAGAAACACGAGUACGCGUACUGGAGCGGCUGCUCGCAAGGUGGCCGACAGGGCAUGAUGCUAGCCCAGAGAUACCCCGACGCGUACGACGGCAUCGCUGCCUCGGCGCCUGCAAUCUACUGGAACGAGUUCUUCUCGGCGUCCAUCUGGGCACAGACGCUCAUGAACUCCCGCGGAGAGUUUCCCGAAGGCUGCGAAUUCGACUACAUCACUGCCGCCGCCAUCGCAGAGUGCGAUCCCAUCGAUGGCCUUGUCGAUGGUCUCGUCUCUGAUGAAUCGGCCUGCGAAUUUGACCCGAUGACUCUAGUGGGACAGCAGUUCAACUGCUCCGGCAAGACAUCCACUAUCAGCGAGACGGCUGCGGUGGUCGCUGCGUCGACCUGGGCAGGCCCGCGCACCCCGGAGGGAGACUUCCUCUGGUAUGGCCCGAACCUCGACGCUCGCCUCUCCGGCGAUGCGUCCGGAGGGGCGCAGACUUCGGAUCUGGGUUAUGCCCAGACCGCCUGCAGCAACGGCACCUGCGAGGGCGCGCCCGCUGGAUUUGGCGACAAAUGGAUCCCCCUCUUUGUGCAGAAGAACUCAUCUGCAUCCUGGAAAGACUUGACCCCCGAGAACCUCCCCGUCUUCUUCAAAGAGUCCAUCCGCGAGUUCAACUCUAUCAUUGGGACUGCUGAUGCAGACUUGUCUGGAUUCCGUGCGUCUGGUGGGAAACUCAUGACCUACCAUGGCACUGCCGACGGCCUCAUUCCCCUGAAGCAGACGACGCACUAUUACAAUGAAAUCCUGAAGCUGGACCCCAAGGCUCAGGACUUUUACCGUGUCUUCGAGGUUCCUGGGUUGGCCCAUUGCGCUGGGGGUGUGGGAGGGCAGCCAACUGCCAUGUGGGAUGCUCUCGUUGCCUGGGUAGAGCAGGGAAAGGCUCCAGACUCACUUCCUUUGCAACGGAAGGAUGAGCAGGGCGACAAUGAGGAGCGCUUGAUCUGCCCGUACCCUCAGCGUUCCCGCCUGGCCUCGGCUUCGGGGGGCAACACCACAGCCGGUGCUCAGUGGCAGUGUGUUGAGGCCUAA